GUAAUUAAAACGGCUUGGUUAGUGGGUGGACGUGUGUGGGGUGGACAAUUCUUUUCUGAUUUUAAUAUUUUUCGUGUCUUAAUGUCUUAGGUAUUUGUUAUUUGAUAGGUGUCUUGUUGGGUUUUUUUUGUCUUCAGUGCGUGAGACUUCAGUAGUUGGAAUCUCAAGGACAUAAAGAAUAAAGCGUCCAUCUCGGUGGAAAUAAAGUGUGUUGUCGUUGUCGCGGAUCCUCAUCAUAUUCAGCCUCAUCUCCCUCCACCUCCUGCUCGUAAUCGUCAUCACCAUCCUCCGGCCUCCUGAGAAGCAAAGCUGGGAGCUGGAGUUUGCAGCAGAGAGUACGCAGCAUGGCGGUAAACCUGGACAAGGAAGCUUACUACCGCCGCAUCAAGAGAUUUUACAGCAACUGGAAGGUAAAAUCAUAUGUGAAAGGAGAGGAUGAGUUCGGAAAAGUCGACGCUAUCGUGGUGUCUGUUGGAGUGGACGAGGAGAUUGUCUACGCCAAGUCCACAGCCAUACAGACAUGGCUGUUUGGCUAUGAGCUGACGGACACCAUCAUGGUGUUCUGUGACACCAAAAUCAUUUUCCUGGCCAGCAAGAAGAAGGUGGAUUUCCUUAAACAGGUGGCAAUCACCAAGGGGAAUGAGAACGCUAAUGGUGCUCCGCCCAUCACCCUACUCACCAGAGAAAAGAACGAAAGCAACAAGGCCAACUUUGAUAAGAUGAUCGAGGCCAUAAAAGGGAGCAAAGAGGGAAAGACAGUUGGAGUUUUCAGCAAAGAUAAAUUUCCUGGAGAGUACAUGAAGAGCUGGAACGACACGAUCAACGCAGAGGGACUGGAAAAGGUGGACAUUAGUGCAGUGGUGGCAUACACAAUGGCAGUGAAAGAAGACGGCGAGCUGAAUCUGAUGAAGAAAGCGGCUGCCAUCACCAGUGAGGUUUACUCUAAGUUCUUCAAGGAGCGGGUCAUGGAGAUUGUGGAUGCAGAUGAGAAAGUGCGUCAUAGUAAACUGGCUGAGUCGGUGGAAAAAGCCAUCGAAGAGAAGAAAUAUCUAGGUGGCGCCGAUCCUUCCACAGUUGAGAUGUGUUAUCCUCCCAUCAUCCAAAGUGGAGGCAACUACAGUCUCAAGUUCAGCGUCGUCAGUGAUAAGAACCACAUGCACUUUGGUGCCAUCACCUGUGCCAUGGGCAUCCGCUACAAGUCCUACUGCUCCAAUUUGGUGCGAACCCUCAUGGUGGACCCCCCUCAGGAAAUGCAGGACAACUACAACUUCCUGCUGCAGGUGGAGGAGGAGUUGCUGAAGGAGCUCAAACAUGGUGUAAAAAUCUGUGACGCCUACAAUGCUGUCCUGGAGUUUGUGAAGAAAGAGAAGGCAGACCUGGUGCCAAAGCUGACCAAAAACCUUGGCUUUGCAAUGGGGAUCGAGUUCAGAGAGGGCUCUUUAGUUCUGAAUGUAAAAAACCAGUACAAGCUGAAAAAAGGCAUGGUGCUGAGCAUCAGUUUGGGAUUCGCCGACCUCGAGAAUAAAGAGGGCAAAAAGGACGAGCAGAAGAAAUAUGCCUUAUUUAUUGGUGACACAAUACAGAUCAACGAGGAAGAAGCUGCGACCGUUCUUACACCAGUCAAGAAGAAGAUAAAAAAUGUGGGAAUCUUCUUAAAGAAUGAUGAUGAGGAGGAUGAGGAGGAAGAUGGCGACGAUGCAGAGGAGCUGUUGGGAAAAGGAGCGAGGAGCGCUGCACUGCUCGCAGACAGAACUAGGAAUGAAAUGACAGCAGAGGAGAAGAGGCGGGCCCACCAGAAAGAGCUUGCCAAUCAUCUGAACGAAGAAGCCAAGAGGCGUCUUACUGAGCAGAAGGGGGAGCAGCACACUCAGAAGGUCAAAAAGUCAAAUGUUUCCUACAAAAAUGUGUCUCAGAUGCCCCGGGAAAAAGAAAUCAGAGAAAUGAAAAUCUUCAUUGACAAGAAGUACGAGACAGUCAUCAUGCCCGUUUUUGGUAUUGCAACGCCGUUUCACAUCGCGACCAUUAAGAACAUCAGUAUGUCAGUAGAGGGCGACUACACCUACCUGAGAAUCAACUUCUACGUUCCCGGCAGCUCCCUGGGACGACAGGAAGGAAAUAUUUUCCCCAACCCUGACGCCACAUUUGUCAAAGAAAUCACAUACCGAGCGUCCAACCUGAAAGCCCCGGGGGACAUCUCUGUUCCAUCCACCAACCUGCAGAACGCAUUCCGAAUCAUCAAGGAGGUGCAGAAACGGUACAAGACACGGGAGGCCGAGGAGAAGGAGAAGGAGGGCAUCGUCAAGCAGGACUCGCUGGUCAUUAACCUCAACCGCAGCAACCCCAAACUCAAAGACCUCUACAUCAGACCCAACAUCGCUCAGAAAAGGAUGCAGGGCUCGCUGGAGGCACACACCAAUGGUUUCCGUUUCACAUCAGUCCGUGGCGACAAAGUGGACAUUCUUUACAACAACAUCAAGCACGCCAUCUUCCAGCCAUGUGACGGCGAGAUGAUCAUUGUUCUGCACUUCCACCUCAAGAACGCCAUCAUGUUUGGCAAGAGGCGCCAUACAGAUGUCCAGUUCUACACGGAGGUGGGCGAGAUCACCACAGAUCUGGGCAAACACCAACACAUGCACGACAGAGACGACCUCUACGCCGAACAGAUGGAGCGUGAAAUGAGGCACAAGCUAAAGUCGGCCUUCAAGAACUUCAUCGAGAAGGUGGAGACGCUGACAAAAGAGGAGCUGGAGUUCGAGGUUCCCUUCAGAGACCUGGGGUUCCAGGGUGCCCCCUAUAGGAGCACCUGUCUACUACAGCCUACGUCCAGUUCUCUAGUGAAUGUCACUGAAUGGCCGCCAUUUGUUGUCACCCUGGAUGAGGUAGAGCUGGUCCACUUUGAGCGUGUUCAGUUCCACCUAAAGAACUUUGACGUGGUCAUCAUCUACAAGGACUACAACAAGAAGGUCACCAUGAUAAACGCUGUCCCUGUCAACUCACUGGACCCCAUCAAGGAGUGGCUCAAUUCAUGUGACAUCAAGUACACAGAGGGAGUCCAGUCUCUGAACUGGACCAAGAUCAUGAAGACCAUUGUGGACGACCCAGAGGGUUUCUUUGAGCAGGGCGGCUGGUCUUUCUUGGACCCAGACAGCGAGGGAAGCGGCCCAGAGAUGGACUCGGAGUCAGAGAUGGAGGACGAGACGUUCAACCCGUCUGCAGAUGAGGAGGAAGAGGAGGAAGAAGAAGACAGCGAUGAAGAUUACAGCUCGGAGACAGAAGACUCUGAUUACAGUGCAUCACUGGGCAGUGAAGAAGAGAGUGGCAAAGACUGGGACGAGUUGGAGGAAGAAGCCCGCAAAGCUGACAAAGAGAGUCAUUAUGAGGAUGAGGACACCUCCAACAGGAAGAGGAAAGUCCGGUCAUCAGCACCGCCCAGCAAGAAAAAGAGGCGGUCCUAAACAAACUAUACACACACAUAUACACACACACACACACUGCCAAAACCCUAAUUGCCCUGACUGGCUCUCUCUCCCUCUCUUCCUCUUUUCAUUUCUCUCUCACACACCCUCUCUCUCUCUCUCUCUCUCUCUCUCUUCCUUCCUUCCUCUCCCUUCCUUCCUUCCUUCCUCUCCCCCUCUCUUUCUCUUUUCCCUUCUCUCUCACAUACAUGACAUGUACAUAGUUUGUAGAACCUCUUUUUUUGUGUUGGUAAGUGAAGUGUUGACAUUGAUGUGGUCGAAAAGGAACCAGCAACACAUACAUACACAUUAUUUUUGUUUUUCUCUAAUUUCCUCAUUCUAAUUGUUGUGUCCUCUUCUAUCGCUUAUCAGGGUUUCAUGUUUGUGUGUGUGUGUGUGUGUGUGUUUGAUGGGUU